CGGCUGCUCCUGAAGCCGCUUCAUCCUGAGAGAUGGGGCUGGAUAAUUUUCUGUUCGGUCAGUGCAUCCUGUACUUUCUCGCUUUCCUGUUCGGUUUCAUCGCGCUGGUGCCGCUGUCGGAGAAUGGCAGCGAUUUCGGGGGCAAAUGCCUGCUCUUCACCCGCGGGAUGUGGCAGAAUGAGAACAUCACGGUGGAGAAGCAGCGCUUCGUGGUGGAGGAGUGGGGCCCGGAAUCCGCCUGCCAGUUCACCACCUUCAUCGGCCUCUUCACCGUCCUCUUCUCCGCCAUCCAGGCUUGGAGGCUCCUCUUCUAUCUUUGCAAAGGAUACGACGACACUUUCUUUGCCACGUUCCUGAAUCUGUUGGUCAGCACCUUUGUGAUUUUCCUUAUCUUUGUGGCAAGUACUCUUGUCACCGUUGGCUUCAACAUGUGGUGUGAUGCAAUUACAGAAAAUGGAAGAAUGCCUAACAGUUGUGAAGAAAUGCAGGACAUUGAUCUGGAACUGCAUUUGGAUAAUUCUUCUUUCUACAACCAGUUUUCAAUUAUCCAGUUUGGCCUAUGGGCUGGGUGGGUUGCUUGGAUGGCAAUUACCAUUCUUGCAUUCCUGAAGGUGUAUGCCAACUAUAGGCAGGAGGAUCUGCUCGACAGCCUGGUCCACGAGAAGGAGUUGCUGCUGGCAAGGUCGUCUAGGAGAGCAGCAGAACAAGUUGAGAAAAAUGCUUUGAUUUAAAUCUAACUACUGUACAUGCCAUAGAAGGUGAUAAUUUGGCCGAGACGAUCGAAUAAAAUAAUGCUGCAUGUAUUUUAUAAAAGAAAAAGUGCUGAAAAAUUACUGUAAAGCAGGAUACUUACUCUCUAGCCUUAUCCUCCAGCUUAAUGGUAGGUAACAUAAUAACGACUGUGUCUUUCAAUAGAUGCUUCCUUCAGUGCCUAAUAAACAUUUGUCUCUAAAGUUGAUGAUUUACUAAAGUGUCACAACACAAAAUGUAACAGCUGCUAUGUUGAUAAGUUAAAAUGUAAAUCACUGGUAAUACUUGUACAUCAAAACAGUAGAUAUUAAUCAAAAUAAUUUAUCCUGCUUUACAGUACCAAGCUACAUAGCAUACAUUGAAUUUCCAGAAAUUAACAUAAAAAGCAUUAAAACCAUGUGAAAAAUCUUUCAGCUCAUUAUAUUCGAUACAAUUCAUGACAUUAUAAGUGCUGUAAAGCAUUCUGCUGAAAACAAAUGAACAAAUUGAUAAACUAUGUCUAUUCUCCUAAAGAAAGCUCAACAUACUGAACAUGUCAAAGUUGCUUAAAGACAAACUGAUAUACCUGAAUAUGUUUUCUAGUGGCAGAAUACAUUGUCUUGAUACUUGAAAAGCUCAUCUGCAGUGUUUAGAAAAUGAUUAUGAUUGUUUCUUAGGGAACAGCUGCUAUCUCGCACUACUGAAUGUUCUACCUAAAUCAACAGCUUCUCUAUAGCUAAUAAAAUGAACAACAGCAAUUUGAGGCUUAGUAGUAUAAAGUGACAGACUUUAUUGUGCCAUAUGUUGCUCAUAAAAAAUCUUUUGUUACUAAUGUCAAUUCUUUACCAUGAUUACAGUGUACAAUGCU